UAUUUUCGAUAGUAUCGACAGCGACCGCAAGAUGGUGUGUUUUGCAUGACGCGGGUUUUGACGUUAACUCAAGUAUUUUUUGAGAUCGACUGAUAUUGAAAAGUACACAGUGCAGUUCAACAAGCGCUUUGCGCUUGUUCCUCGCGUGUCUUUGACAGAGGAUGCCGCGGAUAAAGAUAUUCGUUAACCGGGCAAGUCAACCAAUCACAAGAAGGUUUUCGAGAAGCGCACGUAGUCCGCGAGGCACGAGAAGCCGCGAUUGGCCGGUUACCGAGACGACGAUGGCUCCGUGAGGAGAGAACAUGGCUGCGACGCAAGCCGAGAGCCAACAAAACGAUGUGAAGCUGAACGAGGCCGUGAAAUGCGCGCAGAAACGUCCGCAAGUCGGUGGAAAUAGUGCGAGUGCCAGUGGAAACCAACAAUUAGAUUUAGAAUCGGGCGAGAAAGCGUCCCGGGGCGCGGCCCAGCUGCUUAAGUAUGUGAAUCGCGGCGGGGACUCGAGUUUCGAGAUGAGUCAAUACCGUGAAGACAUUGGCGGACACCCCGCCGGCGAGGUCAAGUCACCCCGUGAGCUCCCCCAAACCCCGCAGGAGACACCUGCUAAACCUGAACCUCUUGCCCUUGAUGCCUCUGGGCACCCAGCCCACCCUGGACAUCCGUUCGCUUCGAGCGUAGCGCGCGACUACUCUGAGGAGUACGUCAACAAACCUAGCGAGUUUACCCCCAAGCAGUUAAGUGACUAUCCGGGUAAACAGCCAGCAGACUACGGAGGGAAACCCGGCGAGUUUCUAGGAAAGCAGCUCGAUUAUUCCAGUAAGCAGUCGACAAACGAAGCGGACAGGGGACAUCAGGCAGACAUGGAUGAGCAUUAUGCUGUAUCAAAAAUUGAACCACGCCUUGCUCAUAUUGGGCCUGGACCUGGGUCUUUUCCUGGUCAACCAAGGUUUCUAUCUGGCCAGAGUAUAUCACAGGCCACUGGUCCAACACCUACCCUUAAUCAGCUGCUUCAGGCCUCCACGCCUGUGCAUCGUUUUCAUGCCAAUUACCCUGGUAUCGGACCUGAAUCGUACCAACAGCCUUGGCCUAUACAACGUCCUCCAGUUGUGCCACCUGUUUAUCCACAAACAAGUCAGCGUCCUCCACAAACUGGUUCACCAAGGUUACAUCCUGGGCCAGGAGGUCCAAGUUCUCCAACUGCUAUGCCAUACCCCCAAUUUACCCAACGAUUUUCAUCACCUACAAGACCACAUUCACCAUAUAGUCAUCAUCAGUUGAAUUCAUAUGGGGUGCAAACUGGACAUGCUCCAAGCAUAUAUCCAGAGCAAAGAAGUUGGAAUCAAGGAGGACCAGCAAAUCCACCUCCACCUCCUCCAACGAAUCAGGCAAAUCCUGCAAGUCAAUCACCACAACGUGCACUCUCUCAAUCUCCCGCACCACCGCCUUCAGCUUCACCUCAACCACAACCUUCUGGCCAACCUCAGAGUUUCCACAAUAUACAGCAACGAUCCACAACUCCAAAUACUCAGGGGAUCGACUCUGGGGAACUAUCAGGCCAAAACAGCAACGACAGUUCUAAUGGACCAGCUGGUCCUGGGACUCCAAAUUCCCAGGGGAUGAGACCAACCCCUUCACCUACAGGAUCAACUGGUUCUCGCUCCAUGUCCCCUGCUGUUGGUCAACAAAACGUUCAAAUGCCUCCACGCCCUUCAAGUAGCCAGUCAGAUGGUAGUGGACCAGCACGCAUGAGUCACUCGCCAAUGACAACACAAGGAGGAUAUCAACAACCUUUAGGUCCUUCACCACACAUGCACGGCUACAAAGUAAACAGCAGUGGUCCAGCUGUAGUUCAGCCGGGACCGGGGCCGGCAGGCCUCGGUGGUAUUGGUCCAAUGGGUAGCGGCAUGGGCUAUGCAUCUACCGGGGGAGGUGCAGGCCAACAAGGAGGUUAUCCAGGACAGGGUGCUUAUCCACCACCUCGUCCGCAUAUGCAGUUUCCUCAAGGUUAUCCACCGCCUACAAACUCUCAGCCGCCACCUAACAACCAAUACCAGCCUGCGAGACCUAAUAAUAUGGCGCAAUAUCCUCCCUAUCCGCAUAAAAUGGGGUUCAAUAACGUACCUUCGGGAAUGCCACCUAGUCCGGGACCGCCUCAGGUAUAUGGUACUGGCGGGGGUCCGGGUAUGGUACCACCAGGUACCUCAGGAUUAAGUGCUAUUGGUAACAUGGGACCACCAGCGAGUUCGAUGGGUCCGCCCCCGCCAUCACCAAAUCACGUAAGCAGUCAGCCUCCGGCAACGAGUUCCGCCGUGCCACAUCCGCAUCCUCCAGCAGCUACGCCACCCCUCAAUCACGAGGGUAGUCCUAUGCCACCGCCGAGCACUACGCCGAAUUCGCAUCCGACGCCUGCACCUACUCCUACCAGCCAUAGUUCCGCGGAGCUUAGUACUGAAACUUCAAACGACAGCGGCAUCACUACCACAGCUUCAGGUACCUCAGCUAUCAAUGUUACGUCAACAUCGAGUGGUACUGUAACGUCCGUGAUAACAACUGGACCGGAUGGCACUUCUUUGGACGAAGGCUCACAGCAGUCAACUUUGUCGAAUGCAUCUGCAGCAUCUGGAGAAGACCCAGCGUUAACUCCAAAAGCCAGGAAAGAGAUGAUUGGAACGUAUCAUAGUCAUCCUGCUACACCACAGAGUACGGUUCCGUCACCUGGUGCUGCGAGCAUCAACUCGAUACAUGAAGAGUAUCCUGAUAUGAGUAGUCCAGGCUGGCCUCGAACACCUGCUAGUCCCGUGUUUAACAGUCAUGUGCCUCAAGACCCGUACAGAUCUAAGAAACCUGACAGUUUGGCGAAACUCUACGAAAUGGAUGACUCCAUGGAACGAAGAUCGUGGCUGGACAAGCUUGUUGCUUUCAUGGAGGAACGAAGGACUCCGAUUACGAGUUGUCCUACCAUCUCCAAGAACCCCCUCGACUUGUUUCGCCUAUAUCUCUACGUAAAAGAGAGAGGGGGCUUCAUGGAGGUAUGCAAGGUGACCAAAAACAAAACCUGGAAGGACAUAGCCGGUCUACUUGGUAUUGGUGCAAGUAGCAGUGCAGCUUACACGUUACGCAAGCACUACACGAAGCACUUGCUGGCAUACGAGUGCCAUUUUGAUCGUGGAGGCGUUGAUCCACAGCCUAUUAUAAAUCAGGUUGAAGCUAGUUCUAAGAAGAAGAAUUCAAAGAGUACUGCAUCCGUACCGUCACCAGGCUCCUCGAAUUCUCAGGACUCGUUUCCUGCGGCAGGAUCGAGUAGUACCUCGAUGGAUGGAUAUGGAAGCUAUCAGAGUAAUUAUACUAGUAACGCACCAGGUGGAUCUUCAGCAGAAUAUACUCCUCCACCGAGACCGCCAAGUCAGAGUAGUGCACCUUCGCCGCAUCAAGGAAUGCAGCAAGGCGCUUAUCAAGGUGGAGGUUCCUACCAAAACUAUCCACAAGAUUAUAUUCGUCCUCAAGGAAACACGAUGACUCAGCAAGGAGAUUUCAAUCAACCGUACUCACCGCGUUCGCAUUACCCACAAUAUUCGCCGGAUGCCGAGAGAGCUUAUGCUGGGGGAAAUAUGCCGCCGAAUAAUACCGCAGGUCAGGAAAUGUACAACAGGUAUGCCGGCGGUCAACAGCCAUCAGGCUACUCGACCGCUACGCCACCCAGUGCACGCAAUAACAACUAUAUCUCUGGGCCGCAAGGUCAUCCUCCAAACGCUCAGCCACCAUCAACGAGCCAACCAUCCUCUCCGUCACAGUCGCCGGCGACUCCGACGUACUCCUGUCCGCAAGAUUACUAUCGGCAGGAACAGGCGGCGUACGGAACACCGGGAGGGAAUCAGAUGUACUCUGGAGGUGCAACGGCGAACAAGAACAUGCCACCUCCUCCACCAGGACCAACGCAACCAAGACGCCAUCCAGACUUUGCCAAAGAUCAGCAGUAUCCUCCGUAUAAUCAACAAAGACCGACCUAUCCAGGCUGGACAAGUACGACGAACCAAUAUAGCAGUCCUACUGCGAGUAAUCGAGUACCUUAUCCGAGUCAGCAAUCCCAGCAGCAGUCGCAACAACAGCAACAACCGCCUCAAGUUGCAACUGCGGGUUCGCCUUCUACAGGGGUUGGUGGGAUAACCGGCGGACAGCAGUGGUCCAGUCAACAACCACCUAGGCCAUCUUCGCAACCAAACAUAAAUGCUAUUACACACGCGCCACCACCACCGUGGGACCAUCGCUAUCCGAACCAACCCUCUCCGCUCUAUCCUCCUCCUAGCUCGCAUCAGAGUCAACUAGGAAUGAAUCCAAUGAUUGGUCAACAACCUACCCCGAAGAGAGAAAUGACAUUCCCUUCCGACAGCGUGGAAGCAAUAACACCGCUUCUUUACAAACGGCGUAAAUUGACACGUGCAGAUGUGGCGCCGGUAGAAGCUUGGCGUAUCAUGAUGGCUUUACGCUCUGGUCUUCUUGCUGAAAGCUGUUGGGCCCUUGACGUUUUAAACAUUCUACUAUUUGAUGACACUUCCGUAAGUUACUUUGGACUGGCGCAUCUUCCUGGUCUGUUGGACGUUCUGCUGGAACAUUUUUCUCGUUCCCUUUCCGACAUGUUUGACUUCGCGGCGGUGGACGACGAACGUUAUUGGUGUCAAACUUCAGAAGGUCCUGACGUUGACCUUGGCGCUGUGACACGGCCUAUAGAUGCCGAAGAUCGCGCUAAACUUCUCUCUACUUCGAAUUACACGUUCCUGUCGAGACGGGGUCGUCCUGUGAAGGUAGUGCCGCGUGACGAUGACCUCUUCGUAUUGGACUCUCGUAGACCCUGGGAUCAUCAAGACUGUGAAGCGGAUACUGAACCGUGGCAAGUGGAUAGUAACUCUACCAAAUACAUAGUGACAUCCUUUCAGUCCGAAGUGAGCACGUUACCGUUCGCGCGACAUCUCAGAGAUGAGAAGCCUCCUCUUUUACAAAAGGAAGUAGAGAGCGUGGACACGAAAGAGGAAUCCAAAGUUGACGGUACCAGUACCCUUCACGAUAACUUGGAUUCCACGAAGAAGUCCGAUGAGUCGAGUGACAAAUUGAAGGAUUGCGGUGAACGCAAGCAAGCUGACAAGAAGAAGAAAACGAAAACUCUGAGUGACGUGUUAUCCAGGAUCAAGAAGGAACCAAUGGAAAUGAAUGAUCUUACUAGGGAAUUAUUCGAGAAGAAGAAUGACGUGCCCAGGAAAGAAUGCGAAAGCGAGGCUAAGGCAAACAAUAACAUGGGUGAACACUUUAGUGGGAUAUCGAAAACCGACGAGGAUUCGUUCCCCAACCAUAACGGGAUAAGUGACUCUCUGAGUACAGCCGAGUUGGAAAAGAGGGAAAUCAAGCGAGAGAUUGAAGAGAGCGAAGAGGCGGAAGAAGUAGGUGUAAGGGAUGGGACAGACGCGAGGGAUGAGGCGAGAGAUGAAAAGGAGGCGAGUGAGGGACCAAGAUUGAAGAUUAGAGAUCCAGCUGGAACGCUGAAAAGGAGACGGAUAAACGAUUACGAGGAUGAAAGUUACUCGAGGGAUGAGGCUAGCCUUUACCUCGUCACAGAGAGUCAAGACAGUUUAGCACGGCGUUGCGUUUGCCUCUCGACGAUUCUCAGGAACCUUACUUUUAUCCCUGGAAAUGAAAUAGAGUUCGCGAAGAACGUAACGUUUCUAAGUCUGUUAGGAAAAUUGCUCCUUCUACAUCAUGAACAUCCCGUUAGGACGCAAAAAACGCGAAAUUACGAUCGGGAGGAAGAUGCCGACUUUGCUGAUUCCUGUAGUAGUUUACAAGGCGAGAGUGAAUGGUGGUGGGACUUUCUUCACCAUAUCAGAGAAAAUGUGCUCGUGAUGGCAGCGAAUAUAGCCGGUCACAUGGAUCUGAGUCAACAUCCGGAAGAAAUAUCGCGGCCUGUACUGGACGGUCUUCUACAUUGGGCCGUUUGCCCUGCGGCACAUGGUCAAGACCCGUUUCCAACGGUUAGCCCAAAUUCUUCCCUUUCACCCCAGAGACUCGCCUUGGAAGCCCUCUGCAAGCUCUGCGUCACUGAAAGUAAUGUCGACCUAGUUGUUGCCACUCCGCCCUACUCUCGACUACAGAGGCUGUGCUCAGUCCUAACCAGGUUGCUAUGCCGUAGUGAAGAGCAAGUGUUGCGCGAGUUUGGCGUGAAUCUCCUUCACUUUCUCUCAGCCGCCGACAGUGGUGUCGCCCGCACAAUUGCCCUUCAAACACCCUGCGUUGCCCUUCUUGUGGCAUUCAUAGAGCAGGCGGAGAGCAGUGCUCUCGGAGUGGCGAAUCAACAUGGUCUCGCAGCUCUUCGAGACAAUCCAGAAUCGAUGGGCACAAGUCUGGACAUGCUACGACGCGCAGCAGGCACUCUCCUUAACCUGGCCAGGCAUCCUGACAAUAGAACCUUGUUACUUCAACACGAGUCUCGUCUACUCGCCCUGGUCAUGAGCCAAAUCCUGGAUCAGCAGGUUGCUGCGAUAGUGGCGCGUGUCCUAUUCCAAUGUUCUCGGGGAGGCGUGGGAGGUGCGGGCAGUAAUGGCGUUAACAGUAACAACAGUAGCAGCAGCAACAGCAACAACACUAAUAAUGUUAUUAGCAACGUCACGACCACUAUUCUCACCACCAUUAUCACCAACACCACCACUGUCACCACCACAACCACCACCACCACUACUACGUCGUAACUCAGCACGCGCCCAGUGUUUUCUGUCUCCUCUAUGUUUCUAUGGACGUGUCGUGCACGCCGCCAAUUGGAAAGUGGAAAGUGAGGAACGCUACUGCGGCGUAGUUGUAGUUUUAUAUCGAGUUUAACGAGUAAGAAAAAAAAAGCUAAUUAUUGGUGUUAGCGCGUAGGUAUACUCUCGGUGAGGUGCGCCAUUGGUAUACCUUUCAUUCGUGAAUUGGAAUAAUAUCGAUAGUGUAAGAUAUCUCAUAAUUACGAAAAAAGACUUGAGAAGCAGCAGCAGCCGCAUAAUAAUAUAUAAACCGAUAAAUUGACGAGAAUGAGAAAACAGAAAGAAUACAUGGACACUCGACAAACCGAUGGUGCGACAUGGAACGAUAGUCGGGUGACGAUUAUAUAAAUAUAAUAAUAAUAUAAUGCAAAUUUUUAUAUUUGCAUGUUUUUGUGCUGUAAUUAGCGAGUAACUAAGAUAUUUUGUAGAUAAUACAUACUUCCAUUGAAUCUUAUUCAAUUUGUGCUGCGCUUGUGGCGCAAGUGCGAGUGGCCGCUCGCAAAUGCGAGUAGACCUCUAUACCACAGGAGUCUCGAUUUUUAGAAAAUGCAGGUGGAACCAUAGAAGGAAGAGAGUUGAUGCUGGACGAAAACGAAAACUGAUGUGUGAUACGUCGUUACGUGGAGUAUGUGCAUCAGAGAGAGAGAGAGAGAGAGAGAGAGAGAGAGAGAGAGAGAGAAAGAGAAUUAAUGCGUGAAUGUGACUGUGUACUUGUCAUAAUGAAAGUGAGUAUGCUUGGUAAUACUAAAGGUGGAAUGAUGAGAAGAGAUUAAGUUGGAUAAUGUGUGCCUGCAAAAGUAUCGAGAGAUAGAAAGUUCAAACAGCUAUGGUUGCAGUAAACAGAAAAACAAAAGUGGGAUGUUGGGUUGGAGGGGAGAGCAACGUCUCUGAAUGAAUAGUUUAGAAAAGUUAGCAAACGAUCACGCACUUAAAUAACAAGGCAUUCAUUUUUUUUUUCAUCUCCACACCUCCUUCCUAGGUUGUCUCGCGAGAACAUGAAAAACGUGACGGUACUGAAAUUUAGGACGUUUCAUGGUGAAUGUGCUUGCAAAAUGAACUGAAUCGGUUUAAAAUCAAUUUUCAGCGAAAACGGAAAAAAGGAAGACGUAUCAAAUGGUGUCUAUAGAACUUAUGAACUUUGGAAUUAGCGCUAUGGCAUUGAGCAACUUGAAAAUACAAGAGAGACAGAGGAACGCGCUGUUAUUGCGUGUUGUACAUUUUUAAAUCCCUAAUUACAGUUUGCGCAUUCAAAGUCAUCAGUUCGGUACGACAAAGGCGAUCAGUGUACAAUUAUUAUAUUAGAUUUUUCUGUCGUUCAUUGACGAUCGACAACUCGACGUCGUUAUAAUUCUGAUCGUCAUCGUCGUUGCCGUUGGUGCCGUCGUCGCCGUCGUCAAGAUCAUCGUUAUUCUCAUCAUCAUCAUCGUCAUCAAUGUUGCUGCUAUAGUUAUCAUCAUGCCGACACUGUCAUCGUCGUUAUUAUUGUUGUCACUUGUUAUUGCCGUCUUCAUCGUCACGGUUGUCAACUGUUGUAUAUCUUUGACAUCUCCGGAUUGACCAAUUUUUCAGUUCCGUAACAGUAGUUAAAACUUUAUAGUUCCGCUCUUCGACGCGCGAGCGAGGAUAAGCCAAGAUGUGCACGGAACAUUUACAUUGAACCAAACACGUCCCCAGCCUCAAAAAAAAAAUACCCUAUUCUAUAGACAUCUUAAUACGUGUAGCUCUUAAAUUAUUUACUUUAGUUUGAGUGGAGAUGCCUGUAAGUGUAAUUUACUAAGACUUUUUGUAAAUAAAUUAUGAAAUAAACUAGACGUACUUUAUCCAGAACACUUUGCAAUUCAACGGCGAGAAGGGAAAAAAUGGAUAAUAUAAAUAUAUGUUGACGGGUGUUACACAAUUUCGUUUGCAUUCACGGUAAGAUUUAUUAUUGUAGGUAGUUAAUUAAAAUAUACGUUGAUUUCCAUA